UUUGCGGAUACGGAUGCGGAUAGAUGGAAUACCAGCCUAAUUUUUACUCAUGAUAGAAAAUCGGAAGUACCAUCCGUGCUUAUGACAAGAGCCAAUUGUGCACAAUACUCACUGAAGUGGCGCUCUAAAAUUAGAUAUUUAAACCAGUGGUAUACCAGAUUACCAGUGGUAUAAAGCUCAGAUAAGAUUAUAAUUUGUCAGAGGGAGGUAUUUAACAAUGGCUGAAGAAAUCGACCAAUGGUCUCCAGAUAUUAUAUCACCAAAGUUCCGCUUUACGCCUGGUCGCGAGCUUUACAUUUGUACUGGCGACAUUGUUGAUUUUGAUGAACAAGGUACUGGUAUUGUAAAUCCAGUAGUUAUUCGUAGCGAUGGUAAAAUAGAUGGAAGAGGGAAAGUUUUUGAGAGACUGAAAGAAGCCGGUGGGAAGAAAUACACCGCGAAAUUGAAUGCUGUCAUCCGACAAGAUGGUUCUCAUUGUGUGACUACAAAAGGUGGCCGAUUGAAGUCAUUAAUGAUACACCCACUACGCAAAGUAAUGAAUGACCAUACGAAAAAACAUCACUUUAUUGACAAUUUGAAAGACUGUUUUAUGGCCGCACAAAAGGCAAAUUUACGCAAGCUGGUUUUACCAUUUGUUUACUCAGGAUCUGGCGGAGUACCACUUGAAGAAUGUGCUUUCUUUUAUGCCUGUGCGAUUUAUGAAUUCUGGAGAGAAUCUCGCGAUAGGUUCCUAGGACCGGAAACAAUUUACUUUGUCGAGCAUGACAGAGAUAAAGCAGAAUCCCUCGUGAAAAUGUUCAAGGUUUGGGUUCCAACAUUAUUCACACAUCAUAUGGUCAUUCCAAAAGAAUAUGAAAGCGUUGUGGCCUCACAUACUUACGUAAAUCAGCCACGGGUACAUCGGGAACGUGUAAGCGAUGCAUAUGAGACAGUUGAACAACGCGAAAAUAAGAAGAUUAAAACAAUAAAGGUGGAAAAUAUCGAUGCAGUUCCAGGAAGACGAUCCACAAAGAUAAGAACAUACGCAAACGAAAAUGAUGUACACAUUUCAGCGGAUCCAUUGUAUGAAAAUAUUGAUUCAAGCAGCGUGUACGAUAUCGAUGCAGGACCAGCACCACAAGCAUUAAAAUUGGUAUCGGAAGGAGUUCGAAUUCCAAACGAGGCAUUGGAGCCAAGUAAUGUAUCGGACUAUGACGUCAUUCAAAACACUGCGGUUGAUCGCGAGGAGAACAGUAAUAGAUCUUAUUCUGUAGACGCAUCCGAUUAUAAAGACAUUGAAACCAAUCGGAGCAAAAUGGAAAUAUAUUCCAUAAAUGAACCAAAAAGUGUUUUCCUCGCUACCAGUGACACUAAUCAUGUUUAUGUUAACUUUCGUCCGAAGCACUAUCAAAGCGAAGGUCUGCCUAGCGAAGCUGAUGCAAUAAUAAAGAACGAGCUGACACAUACUAAAGCGUCCACAACAAAGUCAUUUCAAUUUGAUAAAAGCAAAACAGUUCUAGCUAUAUGCACAGCUGAUAUUCGUGAAGCUGAAGCCGAUGUUAUUGUUUGCCCCGCAUAUGAAGGUGUUGCAUUUCAAGGAUUUGUUCCAAAUGGCAUUCGAUGUAAAUUUGGUAUUGAACAAAAGGCGAUAGAAGAAAAGGUCUUUAAAAAGGGGAGGAUAGCAACAUCGCGUUGUCCGGUAGGUCCGGAAAGGUCUGCGUAUGUGUACCAUGUCAAGGCAUCAUUGUUUGAAUGUGGACCAUACCCACUCUCUACAACAUCCGAAAAGAAUCUUGAACAGACUGUGGAGAAAGUGUUUGAUAAACUACAUCGUCUGAAGCGCAACAUCAAGACCAUAGCCUUCCCGCUAAUCGGUACCAUCGAUGUUGCUGACAAAGACCUUAUCAAAUCACUGUGCAGGCAUUUCCUAAAAGUGAUGUUCAGGUGUUGCGACAAACGUCGCGGUUCAAACAACCUGGAGGUACAGAUUUUGAAUCACUGUGCAACGAUCACAGAAUGGCUCCAGGAGACUCUGCACGAACAAAUUAAUGGUGAUUAAGUAUACUGUAAAUGAAAGCUGUUCAAAGAAGAAUGGUUUAUUAGAUGGUCGCUUUAGCGACCGUCUAAAGCGCUUAGUGUAAAAUUCAGGUCGGUACGGCCUAGCUACUAGGAGCCCAA